GUAAUGUACAAAAUGGGAGAGGGAAGCCGAUAGCCCCAGUAGAUCAACCGAUGCGAAAGUUAUUGAGUCGGCAGGGAGACAGGAUCUCUUUAUAUUUUUAGACAGUGUAUGCACAUCGGUAUGCAUUAUGUGCUUAAGUGUAGUACCCCGACACUUCUUUUGCCUACUUUAUUUGAAGAAUGAUAUAGGACAUUUCCCUGUUCACACAUAUGAGAUAUUUUGCCUCGCAAUUUGGCAGCAUUGGAUGGAUUAAAUUCUGCGAAACCGGUGUUUAAGAUAAUUCGUUGUAAUACUUUCCAUAAUAAUAUAGCUUUGGCAGGGCUAAUGGCUUAAUACGGUCAGGUACUGGUGAUACUGAAUAAAGUACCACUCAGAAUAAUUGUGUAGCAUGCUAAAAAGAAAAUGGCAAUAAAUCUUACGAAAUACAAAGAAAUGCUACAAGCUGCGUGGAAAGAUGUAGUCGACGACAAGUCGAUGACAAAUUGGGCAUUAUUUGGAUAUGAAGGCCAGACCGAUGACCUGAAGGUCGUCAGCAAAGGCGCGGGUGGCAUUGAGGAGAUGAUUGAGGACUUGAAUAGUGGGAAGAUAAUGUAUGCAUUUUGUAAGGUGAUGGAUCCAAAAACCAGCCUGCCGAAGUGUGUUCUAAUUAAUUGGCAAGGUGAGGGUGCCCCCCUUGUCCGAAAAGGAAAGUGUGCCAACCACUUACGAGAUGUUGCCAACUUCUUCAAGGGGGCCCAUGUUACUUUGAAUGCACGAAAUGAGGAGGAAGUUGAUACACAACUCAUCAUAGACAAAGUUGCAAAGUCUACAGGUUCUGCAUAUAGUUUUAAGGAACGUGGAGACCAAGCAAUUGAAAUGGGCCCUGUGGGCACAACAUACAAACGCGUGAUUCCUCGUCAGGAAAUUAAUUCAAAGGAAAGAGAUAAGUUCUGGGAAAAGGAAGAACAGGAAGAGAAACAAAGGCAAGCAGAAGAAAUGAAGAGGAAGGUGGAGGAACGGAACAAGUUGGAGAAUGAACGGAAACAAAGAGAGCUGAGAGAAGCUGCAGUGCGGGAGGAGAGAUUCAAGGAGCAGACCAAGAGCAUUAGUCAAUUGCGAAAGGCAGAGAGGGAUGCAGAAGAAAGAAGGAAGGAGACCAGUAAAGGAAAUGAGACAGAAGACAGGGAGAGAGAAGAAGAGGAGCGGAGAACACGCAGUGAUGUGCUUAGGAGGCAGCGCAGCGAGGAAGCACAGGCAGUGAUCUCCAAACGGACAUUUGAUGCACGUGCAGUAUUUGAACAGCACACAUCUGCAGGACAGAUGCACCAAGUACGCCGCUCAUCACUCAACCAGCAGUCAGUAAGCAACUACCAGUCUCCUCUCCCUUCUGCAACAGCUGCUAGAAAAGCAUCCCUACCUGUAUGGCCACCUGCCUCUAUUGAAACCUCUCAGCAAGUCAUUAACAACUGGGAGGAGCGUCACACAAGUGAAAACCAGACAAGGAUUUCCUCUACCCCUGCAGAGACUGAAACUAGAAACGAUGUUCAGACGCAGAACAACCAGCAUUCUGUGCAAGUUGACAACAGCCUUCCUGUGCCAGCUGUAGAGAACCAUAACCAGGUGGCCACCGAACAGGACCGAAGCUGGGAAAGAUGUGACAUAGGCAGAAGCCUCUUGCAAGCAGCAGAAGAAGAAGUAGAGGAAGAAGAUGAAGUUACAGCAGGAUAUAGCAAUGGUGAUAUGGGACUGCAGGCACGUGCGCUCUAUGACUAUCAGGCUGCGGAUGCCACAGAGAUUACAUUUGACCCAGGCGACAUCAUCACACACAUUGACCAGAUUGAUGAAGGAUGGUGGCAGGGACUUGGCCCAGAUGGAACAUUUGGCCUCUUCCCUGCAAAUUAUGUGGAACUUCUCAACUAGAAUCAAGAUUCCAGGAAAUAGUGAAGGGUUAUGUUUGAGUAUACAAUAUUGUUUCUUUUAUGUUUUCAAAUAUUUAUGUUUACUGCUGCUUUGGUUUCUUAUGUAUUGACUUAUAUCAGUGCACACUGUUUUUAAUCUGAGACUUUUCCAUGAGAAAUUUUUGCAACAUUAAUAAUGUUCUAACCAUAUCAUCCCAAAGUCUUCUUAAAAAAUAUGUAUGAUUUUAAAGUAUUGUUAAGAUAUGUUCACCAGUAUUUUGAUAUUUAAUUAGUUACUUCACAGAUUUAAUACUAAUAAUCAGAUAUAACAUUCAUAAUCAGGAAGUGUAUUAUAUAUUUGAAGAUUCAUCUUCAGUGUUUCAGCUUUGGUAUAUUCAAAGAAUUCUUACACCAUGAGAUGUGCUUCCAUCUGACGUCUGCUCACUGUACUGCACUGCCAUCGACAGUUAACACAGUAGCUAAUCCUGUUUGGUGCUAAUAGUUUAAGAUGUAGGUUAUCUAUAAGCCAUACUUGUCAAGAGGUGACCACCAUAAGCUGUGGUGCAGAAAAUCUGGGUUUCAUGGUAGUACAAGUUUGGAUGUGAAAGUUUGAAUAUGGCAACUCCAUUUUAAAAUCAUCCUUCAGCUGGACAAGAAAUUUCAUGCUUCUGUGGAACAGAAAGUUCAUCUUUAUGUUAUCUGAAGGUCACAAUUUGACUUAAUCAUGGGUCCUUUGCAUCUAGUACACUUGUUUACAUCCUGUUUCUUCAAGAUCAGUUUCAGUAUUAUCAUUCCACCUAUGCCUUGGUUUCCCAAGUGAUCUCAUACUUAAAAUUUUCUGACUACAUUGUUUGUUUAUAAUUUCCGUGUGUGCUACAGCAUGACCAGUGGAUUUAUACCUCCAGAAAGUGUAUGAACUAUGAUUGGAGAUUCCAUUUUUACCCUGUUUCAGGAAAAUAUAUUAUCUCCUUUAUAACCUC